CCACCAUCGGGUCUCUUCUGAGGGGUCAUUGUCUCAGCAUGAACUGCAUCUCAGAUUUCUUCACCUACGAGACCACCAAGUCGGUGGUUGUGAAGAGCUGGACCAUUGGGAUCAUCAACCGAGCCGUUCAGCUUCUGAUCAUCUCCUACUUCGUGGGGUGGGUUUUCUUGCACGAGAAGGCGUACCAGGUGCGGGACACAGCCAUUGAGUCCUCGGUGGUGACCAAGGUGAAGGGCUUUGGACACUAUGCCAACCGAGUCAUGGACGUGUCUGAUUAUGUGACCCCACCCCAGGGCACCUCCGUGUUUGUCAUAAUCACAAAGAUGAUUGUAACCGAAAACCAGAUGCAAGGAUUCUGCCCAGAGAGCGAGGAGAAGUUCCGCUGUGUGUCAGACAGCCAGUGCCAGCCCGAGCGCUUCCCAGGGGUGGGGAUCCUCACGGGCCGCUGCGUGAACUACAGCUCUGAGCUCCGGACCUGUGAAAUCCAGGGCUGGUGCCCCGCCGAGGUGGACACGGUGGAGAUGCCUGUCAUGAUGGAAGCUGAGAACUUCACUAUUUUCAUCAAGAACAGCAUCCGCUUCCCCCUCUUCAACUUUGAGAAGGGAAACCUCCUUCCCAGCCUGACUGCCGCCGACCUGAAGACAUGCCGCUUCCACCCCGACAAGGCCCCCUUCUGCCCCAUCUUGCGGGUGGGAGAUGUGGUCAAGUUCGCGGGGCAGAAUUUUGCCAAAUUGGCCAGCACGGGGGGAGUUCUGGGCAUUAAGAUUGGCUGGGUGUGCGACCUGGACAAGGCUUGGGACCAGUGCAUCCCCAAAUAUUCCUUCACCCGGCUCGACAGCGUUUCUGAGAAGAGCAGCGUCUCCCCAGGCUACAACUUCAGGUUUGCCAAGUACUACAAGACGGAGAACGGCAGUGAGCACCGCACGCUUCUGAAGGCUUUCGGCAUCCGCUUCGACGUGCUGGUGUAUGGAAAUGCUGGCAGGUUUGACAUCAUUCCCACGAUCAUCAGCUCCGUGGCAGCCUUCACCUCUGUAGGAGUGGGGACUGUCCUCUGCGACAUCAUCCUGCUAAACUUCCUCAAGGGGGCCGACCAGUACAAAGCCAAGAAGUUUGAGGAGGUGAAUGAGACCACGCUGAAGGUCAUGGCCUCGGCCAACCCCGUGUACCCCAGCGACCAGACCACAGAGGAGAAGCAGUCCACGGACUCAGGCGCCUACUCCAUUGGCCACUAGGGCCUCUUCUGUGGGCCCCACUCUCACCCUUGGGCGCCAGGCCUCCCAACAGAGGGUCCCACCUGGGCAACGGGGAUGGGAGAGGGGAGAGGCUCUCAUUUUUGCUGCUCACCCCUUGAGGCCACAGCCGGGACCAGGUGUCUGGCCCUCCCACUGCUCUACAGACACGUCCUGUUCCCACUAAGACCUCAGUCUCACCUUCACCCCUCACCUCACCCCUCUGUGCUUCCCAGAACCCCCAGGGCAGUGGUAUGAGUCAUCCCCUUCUGAAGAGUAGAGCUAAUAAUAGGAAUAACUAGUGGCCACAAGGGCCUCCCAAAUGCCAGACACUUUCACACACAUUAUCUCAUUUAAUCCUUAGAAUAAUCCUACGAGGUAGAUAUUAGCUUCCCUAUUUUGAAGACACACUGAGGCUCAGAGAGACUGAGUCGUUUGCCCCAGGCCACACAGCCAGGAAGCGAGAGAGCUGGGAUUUGGACCCACGUCUGCCUAACUCCACUGCCCACACCCCACAAGGAGAGAAUGAACCCCCGGGGAGCGUCUGCCCUGCUGCUUCAGCCUCCUCCACCUUGACCGUGAUUAGUUUCAGCUUAGUCAAGAGUAAGCCCCAUGCUGUCCCCAGGAACGCAGGCAGGCCCCGUUUUAGGGGAGACCAGUAGGACUGGGGUGCGGGGUCUCUCUCUGACUUGGGUGGGUCCCAAAUUCAGAAGGAAGUAGGAGGCAUAACUCUCAGUGAAUUCUUCCUUCCGUCUCCCCAAGCGAGAGAAGAGGCCAUUCUCACUUUCUCUGGGACCUCCACGUGCUCAUACAUAUUCCAGGCCCCUCACUCCGGGAGCCCAAUUAGGCUCCCCCAGGGCGGGACGGGAUUCCCCAACCUGGUGCCCUGUUCCAGGAGAUCAGCAAGUCUCUUCCAACACGUUGAUGGAAAGGUCCGGUGAGACCCAACGCCCGGCGAGCAGCCGGUCAGCAGGCCAGUCCCCGCGGGGCCCUAAUGAGGUGGUCGGUCCUCUAAUGGCAGAAACUAAAGGGGCUUUAGGAACCAUCUUGUCUGAUUCUCUUGUUUACAGAUGAGCAAACUGAGGCCAGAGAGGGAAAAUGACUCGUCCAGUGUCACACAGUUAGUGGCCCAAAGAGAACCAGGUGUCCCACCACUCAGGGAAGGAGGAAGGA